AUGAGCGAAGAGAACGAGUUCAAAGACUUUAACGAUGAAUCUCAUGACAACUACACGGUCGCCGCAAAGAAAACGCUUGCAGAAUACCAGAAUCUGGACGCCGAGGAUGAAUCUUUGGCAAAAUGGAAAGAAAACUUAGGUUUGGGUUCUGAUCUUUUGCCCUUGGAGUUUCCAGGUGACACGCGUCGAGUAGUCAUCCUCAAGAUUCAAUUGAUAAUCAACACUGAAAAAGAACCUAUUACCUUUGAUUUGACCAACGAACAAACCUUGAAGGAAUUGGCAUCUAAACGCCACAAGAUAAAGGAAAAGUCCAUUUACAAACUUAAAAUUAUAUUUAAGGUUCAGCACGAAAUCAUAACGGGACUGAGAUACGUUCAGUACAUCAAGAAGGCAGGAAUCGCGGUUGAUAAGAUCGAUGAUCAUUUAGGUUCUUACGCUCCAAACACGCAAAAGAAGCCCUACUACGAAGUCGACUUGCCAGAAAGUGAAGCUCCCAGCGGAUUUUUGGCUCGAGGUGGCUACAGUGCAGUAUCCAAAUUUAUAGACGAUGACAAGACUAACCACUUAACUCUAAACUGGGGUGUGGAAAUUGUGAAAAAGUGA